AUGGCCGAGUCAAUAAGUGUGAAGUCUGAAAAGGAAUCUUUUCGCUGUCCGAUAUGUCUCGAGAGGUUAAACAUCCCUCGAUACUUGCCAUGUUUACACACAUUUUGUGAGGUAUGCAUUCAGACGUACAUAUCAAGUUCGACAACCCCUGACGAAAAAGAUGAUGUCAAUGUCUUUGAAUGCCCAGUGUGUAGACAAAGGGUCCAGGAACCACAGAAGGGUAUUUCCAGUGACGCUUGGGCGAAAUGCUUUCCGUUGAAUAAAUGGGCAUGGUCGAUGUCGUAUAAUUCCGAAAAGGAUUCUAUGAAACAUUGCAUGUUUUGCAAACGGGAAGAGUUAACAGUCUUGGCCAAACAUUGGUGUAAAUCGUGUGCAGAACCUCUCUGCAACGAUUGUAAACGUUUUCAUAAGCGGGUUCCAAUUCUUCAAAAUCAUAAGAUCGUUGACUUAAAUGAUGAAGAGAAUUUGAAAGAAGACAUUGAUAUGGAUGAAAACUGUAGCAUUCAUAAAGAAAAAACUCUUGAUUUUUUUUGCCAAGAUCACAACAAAUUGUGCUGUAGUGCGUGUUUUGCACUGCAACAUAAACGGUGUGCAAAUUUUGAUACGGUCGAUGAAAUUGUAAAAAACAUUAGUAAAGACGAGAUGAAAGACAAACUUAUUUCAUUAUCAAACCUUGUUGAUUGCAUUUCUAAGCUACGUGAUGAAAAUAAGAGACAGUAUAAUACAUUGUGUACUCAAAAGGAAGACAUUUGCUCUUUAUUUGCCAAGAACAUCGAAGAAGUCAAGAUGUUUCUAGACCAAGCUCAUGAACAGUGGCUAAAACGUUUUGAUGUUGAACAUACUCACAACACCGACAACAUUGAGGUUGUGUCUGAUGAACUGAAACGGUUUAAUACGACUGUGACUGAAGCCAAAUCAAUGCUUUCCUCGGUCCUGGAAAACGGGUCUGACCGACAAAUUUUCGUUGUACAAUCUCAAUUACAUACCCAAAUUCUUGACCACUUUGACCGUUUGAAAACUUUGAAAAUAUGGGAAUUGACCGAUUCGUACAGUUUUGAACCAAACCAGCUAAAAAGUUUAACCGAGACUAUGAAAUUUGAAAAUAUUACUCAAUCAAAAGGGUCAAGAGAUGUUUUGAACAGGAUUUCUGUUUGUGGUAAAUCUUUGAUGGGAGAAGGUUUACCAAGUCCAAAGCCGUGUCUGGCGAACGUGGUAUUAAUGUCAGCGACCUUGAAGAUAGUGUCUGCUUGUCAAAAUGAAAUUUUUGCGUAUUUUGGAUUAUUUAUUGAUAACAACCGAGUUGUCUUUUCCAACGAAACUAAACAAAGUUUGGAUGUAUAUGAUACUUCUAGUAAAACUUCAAAAUUAGUAUGCACACUCAACUGCGACAGUAUACCAUAUGACAUGUGUUAUGCAUAUAGUAUGAACAGAAUAUACGUCGCAUUUGGAGGCUUUGUUGUUCAGUACGAAAUAAAAAACCUGGGUACACAAUUUGUUGAAACUGAACGAAUUACAGUUGAAAACACUGUGAUAGGAAUUGCAAAAAUCACGGACGGGUUCUUUACGGCCAACGAAUCUUCAGCUUCAUUUCGUUGGAGCGAUUUUUCAAUAAGGUCUGAUAUACCAUAUGUCAAAUCAAGAGAAAGACCUUUUAUUUGUUCUUCAUUUUGUGGUAAAAAGGUAGCAUAUACCACAGAAAAUAGUUUCAUAGUAAUGGACACUAAGGGAAAUAAGCUGUCGGAAUAUUUUUGUUCCCCGAGUAACCCAAUCGGUCUAUCUUUCGAUUCUGGAGAUAAUAUCAUCGUUUGUUUAAACAAUAGAGAGAUAAAACAAAUAAGAUAUAAUGGAACAUCAAGCCGAUGCAUCAAGAAGAAUGAUAAUAUUUUUUCAAGACCGGAAAAUAUUGUCUUUCAUCCAGAAGGACACAUGUUCAUGAAUUUUGAUAACGGUACUUAUUUUGAUGCUUUAAAAACUUGGUUCCCGGCAACGAUGUGUGUUUUUGAAGUUUUGACAAAAUGA